AUGCGCAAAAUGCGUCCGCGAGGGAGCCGAAUGCUCACUCGCUGGCUCUCGGCGCGGGGUGAUAUUCGUCCAGCAAUCUCAACAACACCAACGGCAUCCUUCGCUGCUCCAGAGUCCGUGGCAGAAACUCCGAGAGUCCGGGAAGAGCCGUUGCAUCGAUCCCUUCAGAACCCCUCAGAUGCGCUACUCAUACUCGCCCGAGCAGCCGAGGAUGAAGAAGGUGACGGGCCUCCCUUGGACAACCCCGCCGACUCGACUCCCGGCAACGCAUCUUCAGCCCUAGGCUCGAUACUUUCACCGGUUCAACAGACUCGCCAAGAUCCGUUGUUGCCAUUCGGCUCUCCUGUAAAUCCAGCAACUAUCGAGCGAGACAUUGGGGAGUACCCACCAGUCAAAAAUGGCGCUUUGGAUGCGCCUCUUCUACACCAUCUUUUACGACACUAUGCAACUAAUUAUCAUCCCUACUUCCCGAUAGUGCCAUCCAACGUUCUCCUCCCGCAAUACCUUCACGAGACGAUAAAACACGAGUCGUUUCUCCUCACGGCGGCCCUCGUAGUGGCUUCGCGGGAUCGAUCAGAUUUGGCAGAGCUACACCAAUCAAUAUGGGCCCAUAUGCGACACCUGAUACUCGAUGUUGUGCUAGGAAUGUCCACGAUCCGCAGCGUCGGCUGCGUAGAGGGUCUCUUAUUGCUGGGAGAGUGGACGCCCCUCACCCUCGGGCAGAAUGAUGAUGGAGGCGAAGGGGCUGCUUGGUCUAUAGUCGGCUUGGGCGUUCGGCUUGCGUAUCUGCUACGGUUGGAAGAGAGCUCGUUUCGGGCAGACAAAGAGGCUGACCCCGCGAUGCUUAGAAGGCGUCUUGCCUGGACGUGUAAGUACUCACCUCGCGAGACUAGAGACGCUCUGCUUACAAGCUUUCGUUCAGUUACCUACCUGUCCGACCGACAGAUAUCUAUCCGCAUGGGCCAGGCUUUCUGGUCCCGUGGCCCUGCGUUGUCAGCUCGGUUCACCGCGGAGGACUUCCCCUCCCUUCAGCCUCAAUAUGCAUCCGGAGACGACUUUGCGUCCCUGCUUCAAGCGCAGGUUGAGCUCACUACUCUCUUCGGCAACGCCCACGACAUCCUAUUUGCUUCCAAGCAACGGACUGCUGAGCUCAUGGUUCGUGGGGACUACACCAAGUACAUUGAUGAUGCCAGUCGCGCUAUUGCUGCCUGGGAUUUGGUUUGGACUCAAUUGACGGCCCCCUCCCACCUCAAGUGCUGUUUAAGAAUGAUGGAAAAGUACCUACGUCUCUACGUGAACGCAUUUGCUUUUCAAGCUGUCCUCUACAGAGCAUCGUUGUCUGGAAUGGACGUGGCGAGAGUCUCUUGUUUCCCCCACUCUGCCAUGGCAAGCCCGGAUGCACGAAUGGUUUAUGAAGCUGUUGAUGCUGCAGAUGCACUGCUCAGGAUUGCAAUUGAAGAUAUUGAUCCCGAGAGACACCUGCGAUACAUGCCAGCUCGAUUUUAUUUAUAUGAGAUCCACUCAGCCGUGUUUCUCUAUAAAGCCCAUGCCGCUGGCGCGAUUUCGUCUGGGAAGCACGCCCAGACUGCCAGCCUGAUGCGGCGAUUUGUAGGAGUUCUAGAAACUGCAGCGACCGAUACCGACCAUAUUGCGUCCAAGUACGCGAAGCUUCUCAAUGGCUUGUGGUUUCAUAAAGAAGGAGCCAGAGGUGAUGCCACCAGAAGUCGGGGCUCUGAGGAAAGGGUGCAAUCCGAUGAGGUUGCUGAUGUGAACGCCUUCAAUCGAGUCGAUGAUGAUGAUGAGAACGACGAUGACACAAAUCAUCUGCCAUCCUUUGACGAGAUUGGUCUCCAGCCAUUGGACUGGAUUGAGUCGGUUGAAGGGCUGUUCUCCAUGCCCGCCGCUUUUCCUCUACUCCAGGAAGUUGACGACAAAUCCCGGGCCACGAAAGUCAUCCGAGGCAACGAGUAUGUUUCGUGUGAUGCAACACUAUUCCGACGCCACGUUGAAUCCCUGCGUGGAGCUCCUCUUCCCCGCGCUACGUGGGAGGAGCUCCACGUCCACUUCCUCCACUGCCUCGUAAACCGCGAGCGAUGCGGACGGAGCUACUGCAAGAUUGUCAAUGCCGCCACAAGCUCCACCAUCGUUCCACGUCCUCCCAACUCAUUUGGAACGUAUCCUACUGUCAACAUCUUUGUCAAUGUUUGGUUGUUCUAG